CGAGAGGAAGGAGAGAGCGUCCCCGGAAACCACCGACACUGUCGGCUAGAGCGACCCGUGCGCGCAGCCCUUCCGCGUCCGCCUCAAUGGUGCUGUACUUUGGAGAAGGGUCGGCUGGCUGGCCCCGAGCUUAGGCUGCUGGUCUCCGGAGGAUAACAUUUGGAGCUUCUAAAUUAGCACUGACCCUGAGUUCUGAGGCUCCAGGCACAAUGACUCAAGCAGAAAUUAAACUUUGCUCUUUAUUGCUGCAAGAGCAUUUUGGUGAGAUUGUGGAAAAAAUUGGAGUCCACCUAAUCAGAACUGGCAGCCAGCCUCUUAGAAUAAUUGUCCGUGACACAAAAACAUCCCUGGACCAGGUGAAAAAAGCCCUUUGUGUCCUCAUCCACCAUAACCUGGUGAUCUAUCGUGUGCAUAAGCGCAGUGUGGUGGAAUAUGAAGCCCAGUGUAGCCGGGUGUUGCGAAUGCUUCGGUAUCCCCGGUACAUCUAUACUACCAAAACGCUGUACAGUGACACCGGCGAGCUGAUUGUUGAGGAGCUCCUGUUGAAUGGCAAAAUGACAAUGUCGGCUGUGGUGAAGAAAGUAGCAGACCGACUCACGGAGACCAUGGAGGAUGGCAAGACCAUGGACUACGCUGAGGUAUCAAAUGCAUUUAUGCGACUGGCAGACACACACUUUGUACAGCGCUGUCCUCUGGUUCCUGCCCCUGGCAGUUCUGACCCUGAGCCACCACCACUUGCCCCGACCCUUGUCAUUAAUGAAAGGGACAUGUACCUAGUUCCUAAACUGAACUUGAUAGGAAAAGGUAAGAGAAGGAGAUCAUCUGAUGAAGAUGCUGCUGGAGAGCCCAAGGCCAAGAAACCAAAAUGCCCAGAUGACAAAGAGCUAGGACCUCAAGAACUAGACAGCUGGAGUGACAUGUUAACAGUUCUGCAUUCCCAGGCCCCACUUCCAGCAUCCCCUUCUGUUCCACAGAUCUUCAAGUCCCUGCCUGUUGGCUAUAACAUCUCUAAGCAAGUCCUCGAUCAAUACCUUACGCUGUUGGCAGAUGACCCACUAGAGUUUAUUGGAAAGUCUGGCGACAGCGGUGGAGGAAUGUAUGUCAUCAACCUCCAUAAGGCAUUAGCAUCCCUGGCCACUGCGACUCUGGAGUCUGUCAUCCAGGAGAGAUUUGGGUCUCGCUGUGCCAGAAUAUUUCGUCUGGUAUUGCAGAAGAAAUACCUGGAGCAGAAGCAGGUGGAGGACUUUGCAAUGAUUCCUGCAAAGGAGGCAAAGGAUAUGUUGUAUAAGAUGCUCUCAGAAAACUUCAUAUCUCUCCAGGAAAUUCCUAAAACCCCAGACCACGCGCCAUCCAGGACCUUCUAUUUGUACACCGUGAAUGUGCUGUCGGCUGCCAGGAUGCUGUUGCACAGGUGUUAUAAGAGCAUAGCCAACUUGAUAGAAAGGCGGCAGUUUGAAACGAAGGAGAACAAGCGGCUACUAGAAAAGUCUCAGAGGGUAGAAGCCAUCAUUGCAUCAAUGCAGGCCACGGGUGCAGAGGAGGUGCAGCUGCAGGAGAUAGAGGAGAUGAUCACAGCCCCUGAGCGGCAGCAGCUGGAGACGCUGAAACGCAACGUUAACAAGUUGGAUGCCAGUGAGAUCCAGGUGGAUGAAACCAUCUUCUUGCUGGAGUCAUACAUCGAGAGCACCAUGAAGAGACCGUGACCCAGAGGAAGCAGCGCUAGGAUCAAACUCAGGGCCUUUCACAUGCUAGUCAAGUGCUGUACCACUGAGCUACAUCCCCAACCAGAAACCAACUUCCUUCUCAAAGAUCUAGGAGACAGAACAACAAGAAGGUGCUUGGAUGCAUUCUUUCUUUAACCCUGAUUGUCCUGGAACUUGCUCUGUAGACCAAUCUGGCCUCAAACUCAUUGGCAAUCCGUCUUCCUCUGCCUCCUGAGUGCUGGAAUUAAAAGAGUGUGCCAUAUCACCCAGCUAAGUUUCAGAUUCUGAGCCCCCGUUUCUGUCUUUCCCUACUGUUCAUGAUACACCAAAAAGAGAUUGACAUAUUUUGUAAAAUUUGUUAAUAGACUUAUACCCAUCACUAUAUUCUCUCACCAAAUUCUUGCAAUGGGAAGAACCUUAAAUAAAUUAGAUUAAUCAUAAA